CUAGGGUGCUCCCUGACACCGCUGCCUCGUCAGCCGCACGUCGACUGUGAAAGGAAAUGAGGCGUCGUUCAUCCCUGCAGCACGCAAACGAGUCCGAGCUUUGAGACCUCCUUGAUCUAUUGAUCAAGAUGAUGAAUCUCGUGGUGCUUUCUCUCUUCGGCGUCGCGGCCACAGCAUUCUCUGUCGGCCCUCAUCGCUCAGCCAUACAUGGCGGUCUACACCCACCACCAAUAUCAAGAGCUGCCCCUUCUGCAAGGCGGCGUCAACCGCCACUUCUGGCGGCAUCCCUCUCACCUUCUGUUGAUGGGCACGUUGACAACGUGGGAGUGAUCCUGCUGGCUGGCGGAGUGGGCAAACGGAUGAAUGCCGACCGGCCGAAACAGUUCCUCGAGCUGAUGGGCAAGCCCGUCCUUGAGCACAGCGUCGAGCUCUUCCUCACCUUGCCGGGCGUCAAGCACAUCGUCCUGGUGCUCGAUGAGGCCUACAGGGACACCUUUCGCGGCCGCGACGAGCGGAUAGUGUUUGCGCCGCCGGGCGAGGAGCGGCAGGACAGCGUGUGGAAUGGGCUGCAGGCGAUGCCGGAAGGGGUGAGUGUGGUGUGCAUCCACGACUCGGCGAGGCCGCUGGUGACGCAGGGGACGGUGCUGCAGUGCAUACGGGACGCGAACACUCAUGGGGCGGCGGUCGUGGGCGUACCGAUGAAGGCCACUGUCAAGGAGAGCGAAGACGGGCAAUUCGUGCUCAGGACAAUUGAAAGGUACCUACCCCGUCGAACACACACAUCUAUGUGCCAUUCAUGCUUUAUCUAUCUGUCUAUAGGAGUCGGUUAUGGGAGAUCCAGACGCCGCAGGUGAUCCAGCCGGCGUUGCUGAAAGAGGGGUUCGCGCUUGUGCGUGAGAAGUCGCUGGCCGUGACGGACGAUGUGUCGCUGGUGGAGCUGCUGGGCAAGCCGGUCAAGCUGACGAUGGGCGAGUACGAGAACCUCAAGAUCACCACCCCAGAGGACAUGGUCAUUGCCGAACAGUUCAUGCGCGCCAGGCAGCGAGAGGAGACUGCCGCCGAGCACGUGCCGUCACGUUAGGCAUCUGCAGCAGGCGCGUGACUGGUGCAUGUGUCGUGUGUUACUGGAUCUGUGUGGAUCCGUGUGUACAGUCAGGGGGGCUGGUGGCAUGAUCAGAUGCGCUGUGCUAGAGACUGUCUGUGUGGGGAUUCAUUGGUAUUUAUUCAUGUGCUGAUAACCUUCG